GUGCAGUGCAUCGCGCCGUGUCUCUUUUCCCCCACUCUUUUUUCUUUCACUCAAAAUCCGACACAAUGGGUAAAGUCAAGUGCUCGGAGCUGCGGACCAAAGACAAGAAGGAGCUGAUGAAGCAGCUGGAUGUGCUCAAAACUGAGCUCACCAGCUUGCGAGUAGCUAAAGUUACUGGAGGAACUGCGUCCAAGCUCUCCAAGAUUCGUGUCGUCCGCAAAGCUAUUGCUAGGGUGUACAUUGUUAUGCACCAAAAACAGAAGGAGAAUCUCCGUCUCCUUUACAAAAACAAGAAGUACAAGCCUCUUGACCUGAGGCCAAAAAAGACCAGGGCUAUUCGCAGGAAACUUACUCCUUUUGAAGCUAGCAGGAAGACUAUGAAGGAGAUCCGCAAAAAGUCUGCGUUCCCACCCCGAAAGUAUGCUCUUAAAGUUUGAUUCGAAUAAAGUAUGUUGGUAAUAAAUUUUAAGUUUCUUAAA